AUGAAGGUUGUUUAUGCCUUGACGCUAUGCCUGGGCGUCGCUGAUGCUGUGGUACUACCCGUCUUUUCAGCUCCCAAGGGUGGCUAUGCACUUCCUCGGCCUGACUCAGAUGACACAACGGAUACUUCAAAGACUGCGGCAGGAUCAAAGACGAAUUUGAAUUAUGUACUCCCUGUAUUUGGAAAUGCAAAGCCAAAGAGUGGAUUUCCUGCUUCUGCUUUGUCACGAAGAGUUGAACGAAUUGAGCAGACUUAUGGCUCUGAUGAUGAGUUUACAGAUGACUCUGAUUAUACGCCCACGGAGCCAUCUGAUGCGACUCCAUCAAGUCCAUCUGACGACACGCCCUCAGGUUCGUCAGAUGAUAUUCAACAGGUGGUGUAUGCCGAGCCAUUCAUGCAACCCACUUAUGUCCGCUUCGGCCCAGCUCCUGUCGACAAGCCAGAAGUUGCUCCCAAGGCCAAGUCAAAAUCGAAAGAUACCGCGACUGUAGCCAAGCAUGGAGGAGACGAUGACUCCAGUUCUGGCGGACACAAGCAAAAGGGCAAAGGAAAAGAUGGCAAAGGACGACACAGCGGCGAUGACGAUGCUACAAAGUCUCGCAAGGAGCCUGAGGAUUCGCCGAAGACAUCUUCCAGCAGUGCAACAGAUUCAGUGUCUGUUACUGCUACAAGCACAGCAGUCCCUACAAACUCGCCUACGGGUGAUGACAAGGGCAAAGGCAGGGGAAAAGGAAAGGGGAAGGGCAAAGAUGACGGUGGCAGACAUAACGGAGAUGAUGAUGCUACCAAAUCUCGCACCAGAGUGGAUGACUCCAAGACUCGAUCAUCAGCAUCACCAACUGCGACUGCAGCUCCCAAGAAGGGAAGCUCUGGAAAGCACACUGGUGAUGACGAUGCUGGCAAGUCACGAGCCAAAGCCGAAGACUCAAAACCCAACUCCAAGAAAGGCUCAAAGGACAAGUCGAAGUCCAAGCCCUCCAAGAAAUCCGUGAUCACCCAUCAAUCCGGCCAAACCUUUGAUGCAGACAGCACCAAAGGCGGCGGCAAAAACGGCCCCGGCUACAGUCCCUCCUUCGACGUCCCCAAGCUCAACAAGGGCUAUAUCCAAGCCAUCCCCCCCAAAGCCAGCACCGUCAACAACAACAAGUUCAGCUCCCGCGUGAAGCCCCGUCCCCAACUCGAUACAAAAAAGGUCCGUCCCCUUCCCCCCUCCUCCUCCUCCUCCUCCUCCCUCCUCAAGAGAGGCGAAAGUGAAAACAUACUAAGUCUCCGUGCAGCCGCGCCCUUCAACAGCGCCGCGAUCGACCGCAAAAAGUGGUCAGUGACGUGUGAUAGCGUGCACGAGGGGGAUGAUUGCAAGAAUGCUAUCGAUGGGAACGGCGAUACCAUGUGGCAUACCCAGUGGGAGGGCAGUGAGCCUGCUCCGCCGCAUAGUAUCACUGUUGACAUGAAGAAGAGCUACUACGUCAAUGGUAUUUCUAUGUUGCCGAGACAGGAUGGCUCGCAGAAUGGGUACAUUGCGCAGCAUCAGGUUUUCUUGAGCAAGGAUGGAAAGACUUGGGGUUCGCCUGUGGCGUAUGGGAAUUGGUAUAGUGACUGGACUGUCAAGUAUGCCAAUUUCGAUACGCAGCCUGCGCGAUUUGUCAAGCUCGUUGCUCUCACUGAAGCAAAUGGCAAUCCCUGGACAAGCAUUGCAGAACUCAAUGUCUUCCAAGCAAACGACUACGUUCCCCCUCAAGUAUCCCAGGGCGCUUGGGGUCCUACCAUCAACUUCCCCAUCAUCCCCGUCGCCGGAACCGUUGAUCCCAACACGGGCAAAGUCCUCGUCUGGUCAUCCUGGGCUAGAGAUACUAUGUCUGGCGGUCCCGGUGGCUUAACCCUCACUUCAACAUGGGACCCAGCAACAGGCCAAGUCGCAGAGCCUCAAGUCACAGAAACAAACCACGACAUGUUCUGCCCGGGCAUUUCCCUUGACGGAAAUGGCCAACUUGUGGUCACGGGCGGCAACAACGCCGAGCGCACAAGCCUCUUCGAUCCCGUUCAGCAAGCGUGGAUAUCCGGGCCCAACAUGCAAGUCGCACGCGGGUAUCAAUCCUCCGCCACGACCUCCACGGGCAAAGUCUUCACCAUCGGAGGAUCUUGGAGCGGCGGCUCGAAUUUCAAGAACGGCGAGGUGUACGACCCGAAGAAGAAGACCUGGACGCUGCUCAACAAGGCUGAUGUUCAGAAGAUGCUCACGGACGAUGCGCAGGGCUUGUUCCGCUCUGAUAAUCACGCUUGGCUGUUUGGUUGGAAGAGCGGCACUGUGUUCCAGGCUGGGCCGAGUAAGAACAUGAACUGGUACUACACUGAGAAAAAGAAUGGCGAUGUCAAGACUGCGGGGCAGAGAGCCUCUGAUCGUGGUGUUGCGCCUGAUGCUAUGUGUGGCAACGCCAUCAUGUUUGACGCCGUCAAGGGCAAGAUCCUGACUCAUGGUGGAACUCCGAAUUAUCAAGACUCGGAUGCUACUACUGAUGCCCACAUCAUCACUGUCGGAAACCCUGGCACAAACGCUUCUGUUGCAUACGCCAGCGAGGGGCUCUUCUUCCCUCGUGUCUUCCACAGUUCUGUUGUUCUACCCAACGGCAACGUCUUUAUCACAGGCGGUCAGGAAUACGCCAUCCCGUUUGAAGACUCAACGCCCCAACUGCAACCCGAGAUGUACUAUCCCGAUAAGGAUGGCUUUGAGCUCAUGAAGCCCAACAAUAUCGUGAGGGUAUAUCACAGCAUCGCCCUCCUCCUCCCCGACGGACGAGUCUUCAACGGCGGCGGUGGUCUCUGCGGCGGAUGUGACACCAACCACUUUGACGCUCAGCUCUACACUCCCCCCUAUCUCUACGACUCAAAGGGCAAGCUGGCUACACGCCCUAAGAUCACUUCCGUGUCUGUGUCUACCGUUAAGGUUGGAGGGACAGUUACUGUUCAAACGGGCGGAGCUAUCGUGCAGGCUUCGCUGGUGCGGUAUGGAACGGCUACGCACACUGUUAACACUGAUCAACGGCGUAUUCCGUUGACGUUGGCUAACGCGGGGAAGAAUUCGUAUUCGUUCCAGGUGCCUAGUGAUCCUGGUGUUGCGCUGCCGGGAUAUUGGAUGUUUAUGAAGGUCAUUGGAAGCGACCGGUUCUUUUUCGGUCGUUUCAAGAUUGGGCUACAAACGUCGUUUGCUAGAGAAGUCAUCCCUAUUGUCAAAACAAUUCCCCACCCCUCACUGGAAGUCGGUGACGAUGAAGAAGACCAAGCAGCCGAGGCAGAUGACAUCAAGAACGAAGAUGUUGUCCCAGGCGAACUACUACCUGACUCUGGAGAAGCCCGAUCUGUGGUAGAGCUAGAGGUAGAGUCAGAUCCUUGUCCUGUAUCAGAAGACGAAUUAGGAAGUGUACGUGGUUGGAAUCACCUUUUCUUCGGCAAAGAAUCUCCCAAGGAGGAAGAAAAGAAGGGCUUCCGAUUAGAGAUCAAGGUCGACCAGUACAUACUCGAGUUAUUUUGCGGCCCUGUAUUUUUGAGCCUGUCCGACGGAUCCGUCCUUGAAGCAACAGACUAUGGUUGGGAUGCUGUAGCGCUGGGCAUCACCGUCAGCGCUAUUGAAGGUAAUUACCACCGUGUGCCCGUGAAGAUAGAUCUUGAGCUCUUUGUCAAGAUCGCGAUUAUAGCAGACUACAUGGAGUGUGGCCUGGCGCUCUCCAUGGCAUCCAGGGUUUGGUUAUCCAACCUUGAUGACCACAAGGCCGUUAAAGGGUUGGAUAGCACAUCCCUGAUGUUGUUUUAUGUCUCUUGGGUAUUUUCUCCAGACGAACUAUCCUGCACAAUGAAAGAGCUGGUCAUAAUGGGCUAUCAAGGCCCAGAGACCGUUGAGUUGAAUGGCCUCCCUCUACAAGGGUUCAUCGAGAAAUUUGAUAAACUACGACAGAGCAUGAUCAACAAACUCUUGAGCAAGAUGAACCAGCUGGCAAGCUUGCUUCUCGUCGAAGAAGGGUGUCCCCAUGCGAAAGAUGUCCAGUGCAGCAUGAUGACACUCAGUAUCCAGGACGUCUGCAACAUUAUCGAGACUUUUCCUGAGCAGGAAAUGCACCACGAGGAUCUUGGGCACGACCACGGGCAGGCGGAACACCCAUGCACCGUCAGGGGAAGAAUGUUCAAGGACAUUCAAUCGGUCAAGGAGGACAUAGAGGCUGUUAUUUGGGAUUGGCUUGAACUUUGGGAAUUUCCGGGAAGGAUUCUGGACGUCACCGGUUCGGAAUGUGAUAGUUUAUGCGAUUUGACAGAUUGA